AUGGGAGCCAUGACGCGACGGGAGGGUGAGCUGGCACUCGCCGGGAUCAUCCGGACGCGUGGGAAGGCCAGAGAAUGGCAGGCGUGUGUUGAAGCUUUGGCCACGAUGCUGAUGCUGCGGCUCGUUCCGAGCAUCUACAGCUUCACAGCAGCUAUUACAGCAAGUCUGGGUGCAUGGAUGGUGGCUGCCCAGAUCUUUUCCGAGAUGCUGUCACACGACAUCUUACCUGAUACUGUCAGCUGCAAUGCCCUCAUGAACGUUGCUGAAAGACACGGGCAGUGGCAGACGGUGCUGCAGCUGCUGGCCUACAUGGCGGCCGAAGCAGCCAAACCAAACGAGAUCAGUUUCACUUCCGCCAUCAGUGCAAGUGACCGAAGUGGACACUGGCAGUUGGCGAUGGGGCUCCUGUCUCACAUGCCUCGACAUCAAGUGUCCCUCAGUAAGAUGAGCGGUACCGCAGCCAUGAGCGCAUGCGAACGGGCCCAGCGGUGGGAAGCAGUGACUGAGCUGCUUUCUACGAUUCCGACAGCUGAUGAGAUCAGCUUCAAUGUUGGUAUUGCUGCCUGCCGAGAGAACCUGCAAUGGAUUGCAGCACUUCAGCUAUUCCGCGGUAUGCCGAAGGCAGGCGUGACAGCGGAUUUGGUAACGUUCAACGCCCUUGUGAACCUGUGUGGUGAAGGCCUACUCUGGCACCGGGCACUUCGACUCGUCUCGCAGAUUUCUGAGGCAGGGCUGGAGCGGGACAUCAUCGGCCGCAACGCGGGCCUCAGCGCGCAGGGGGUGGCAAGCGAGUGGCCAAGGGCUCUGGAGUGGUUUUGGCAGAUUCCGUCUUUGAAGCUGGUACCAGAUGAGGUCAGCUGUAGCUCCGUCAUCGUCGCUUGUGGGAAGGGUCUGGAGUGGCAGAUGGCGCUGCACUUUCUUCUGGAGGUAAUGCCGGCCAUUUCCCUGCAGCGGAAUGAGAUUAGCUUCAAUGCUGCCAUCAGCGCUUGUGAGCCGUUGGGAUGUUGGGAGCACGCAGUCUAUCUACUCACGCAGAUGCCCAUUGCACGGUGUUCUCCCGACAGCAUCGGUGCCAAUGCCGCCAUCAGCGCCUGUGGGAAAGGCGAGCAAUGGCAGCUCGCCGUCCGCCUGUUCCACUCGAUGCCCUCCACGGAUGUCAGCCCCGACGGCAUCAGCUUCAAUGCUGCAAUCAGUGCAUGCGAGAAGGUUGGGAAGUGGAUUUGGGCUCUUUGGCUGCUCACGGCGAUGCCAACAUUUCGAAUCAGCCCGGACUUGAUCAGUUUCAGCUCCCUACCUUGUGCCUGCGAGAAAGGUCUUCAGUGGCAGGUGGCCCUCCAGAUUCUCUUUUCCGACAUGGCCGCGGCGAUGGUCCAAAAGAACGAGAUAAGCUCCAAUGCGGCCAUCAGCGCAUGCGAAAAGUCUG